AUGGCUGAUGCUAGGAUAAUGCACUGCCUGCUCGCCGUCUCUCUCCUCUCCUUGGUUGCCCAUGCCCACGCGCAGCUCUCGACGACCUUCUACUCCAGAUCCUGCCCCAGCCUGGAGACUACCGUGUGGGAGGUGAUGAAGCAGGCCGUCGUCAAGGAACAGCGGGUCGGCGCGUCGCUUCUGAGGCUCUUCUUCCACGACUGCUUUGUCCAGGGCUGCGACGGCUCGAUCCUUCUGGACGCCGCCGGAGGCGAGAAGUCCGCUGGCCCGAACGCCAACUCCUUGCGCGGCUUCGACGUCAUCGACACCAUCAAGGCGCGCGUGGAGGCCAAGUGCCCCGGCGUCGUCUCCUGCGCCGACAUCCUCGCCCUUGCCGCGCGCGACGGAACAUUUCUGCUCCGUGGACCGACUUGGAAAGUGCCGCUGGGCCGGCGCGACUCGACGACGGCGAGCCAAUCCCUCGCCAACGCCAACCUCCCCAGCUCCGGCUCAAGCCUCUCCACGCUCAUCUCCACGUUCGCCAGCAAAGGGCUCUCAGCGACCGACAUGACGGCGCUGUCCGGCGCGCAUACCAUCGGCCUGGCCCGGUGCUCCACCUUCCGUGACCACGUCUACAACGACGCCAACAUCAACUCCUCAUUCGCUGCGCGGCGGCGCAAGACAUGUCCGCGAUCCGGCGGCGACAGCCACCUGGCCCCCAUGGACGUGCACAGCUCGAGGGUGUUUGACAACUCCUACUACCAGAACCUCAUGGCACGGCGCGGCCUGCUCCACUCCGACCAGGAGCUCUUCAACGGAGGGUCGCAAGACGCGCUGGUGCGGCAGUACAGCGCCAACCCUGCGCUCUUCCGGAAAGAUUUCGUGACGGCCAUGAUAAAAAUGGGGAACAUAAACCCGCUCACCGGCGCCGCCGGACAGAUCAGGAAGAACUGCAGAGUCGUCAAUAGAUAG